UAUAAGACGAGUGCAAAGAGUUUGGAAACGCAAAGCGGUAGCGAUAACCGCGGUGGUGGCGGUGGUGGUAACGGUUCCUACUCAGCUUACCUCGCGUUCGAUCGUCGCCGCUGGAACAACUAUGACAGAGUUCCAUUCAGUGCGCGAAGAUGUAAUUUAACCCUUUCGCUUCGAGCGCCGGAUAUGUCCGACAUCCACACGGUCUCAUCCACGGAAACUCCGUUCGGUGACAGUACUUUGGCGGACUGGACUGCCGGCGGGAAAGGGUCAAAGGUACCCACAAGGAGUCCCGCCCCUCCACCGAUAGGUUUCCGUCCUUUCAGUCUGUGACGGGAACUUCUCGGCUACUUCAGGUCAGAACAUACGUUGGUCUACGAACACUUGGCCACGUGAAAAUAUCAACAUCGACAGAUGGCAGCUCUAAUUUAUUGGCGUGAUCCAAAGAAAUCGGGCCCCGUGUUCGGAUGUAUACUCGGCGUGCUCCUCUCGUUGGCCUACUUCAGCCUGAUAAGCGUACUGGCUUACGCGUCUCUUCUCGUCCUCACCGGUACCAUAGCUUUCAGGAUCCACAACACCAUUUUUCAGGCUAUUCAGAAGACUUCCGACGGGCAUCCUUUCCAAAACAUUUUGGAGUUGGAUUUGACACUGCCCACGGAGAAGGUGCACGAAGUGGCAGACGUGGCCGUCGCGCAUUUGAACGCAGCGGUCUGUGAACUUCGUAGACUCUUCCUCGUCGAGGAUUUCGUGGAUUCGUUGAAAUUCGGCGUCCUCCUAUGGUGUCUCACUUACGUGGGUUCCUGGUUCAACGGCAUGACUCUAAUUAUAAUUGGUGUAGUCGCCCUGUUCACGUUACCCAAGGUGUACGAGACGAACAAAGCACAAAUCGACCAGAAUCUCGCCCUGGUGCAAAGCAAGAUCAACGAGCUCACUAAUAAAGUGAAAGCUGCGAUACCAUUCGGAAAGAAAGAACCCAAGAAGGAAGAAUAAAAUGUGAGAGUGUACCACGACCAUCACCACCAUCACUACCACAAUCACCACCAACACCAUCACCACAACCAGCAUGCGGGGACGGAAAAAUUUAAACGUAUUUGUCGGAUUAUUAUGGAAUGCGAUCCAUAAUUUUUCGAUGCAUUCGCUUGAAUUUCUCCUCCUCUUUAGCGCGCGCGCGGGGACGAGGAGAGAAAGGUGCUGAAGAGACGUUGUAAAACAAACAAACAUAGGAAGAAGAAAAAAUAACGCGUGCAGCUCGAAAGAAGAAUCAACGACGGACGGAUAGAACGAUAACGAUAAAGACGGGUGUGGCACGACAGCCACAGAAAAGUAAGAAUCGCGAACAGAGUCCAACAAACGCUCGUUUACUAGCGGAAACUAUAUAAACGAUGUGCCACACAAAAAAUCAACAGCAAAAAGUACAGGAGAAGGUUCCUGGCAUCCAGCAGGUUGUGCAAGCUGCGGAGUAACGAAGUAGUAACCAUUAUUCCUUUUCAAUCCUGCUGAAACUAACGGCAGGUCCAUGUUGUACCAGGAUGCACACGAGAAACGGUUAAAGAGUGGUUGCAACGCAAUAGAAGCAUGGCUUGCAAGGAAAGUGUAUCGCGGCGGGAGAGCACAUUGAAAACCGGAAAAUAAAUAUAUAUAAAUGUAAAGAAGAAAAUGAAUGAGAUGUAGUUACCUAAAACAGAGAGGAAGAGUAUCUCUGAAACGAGUAAGAUGAAACAAAGUUUAAACGAAGGUGGACGCGCGCGCGCGAGGCUACAGGAGAAAGAAAGCAGCAGCAACAGGAGCAGAGAAACCACUUAGAUAACAGGCGAGAGAAGAUCGUACGAGUGUAAGAGGGGGUGGGGCGGAGGAAGGAAGGGAGGGAGGGAGGGAGGCGGCCGCGCUACCUCUCCUCGAUGUUUUAAAUGCUUAGGUAGCUAGAUUUCGGUGUCCUUCCGUGACAUCGAAACUCCAGUUUACCUUUUCUGGAUCUGUGCACGGUGUCCUUUAAUCAAGAAAUAUACAAAGAAAAGUAAUAUUUAAAUGAUCACGUUAAUUUAUUGUGUCACGAAAGGCGAAUAGGGCCAUUCGAUGUACUCUACGCGAGCGAAUGCGAAUGAACGAAUGGCGCAAUGCGUGUGGUAUCUCUCUAACGACGACGACGACGACGACGACGACGACGACGACGACGACGACGACGAGGACGACGAGCUAAGGGCGACCAGCCCAAAUUCCCUUCCCUCUUUUGUUUCUUUCUCACAUUCUUCCUUCUUCUACAUACGACAAAUUACAACAACCGAAUCCUUCCUUCUUCAGACAAGACCAGGAACGAUAUGCGGUCCCAUUAAAAUACUCUUAAACGAGAUGUUCUUGAAAGGUAACAUUAACUUUCGUUUCAUAUUAAAUCGAUUGCCUUAUAGAAGUUCCUCUUGCUUGCGCACGAUGUACAAUAAGUACACGUUUCUGGGGAAGAAAGAGAGCAUGUAGAAAUUGCUAUUCACACAAGUCGAUGCUGGCGAAUUAUUUUUCUCUGUGGACGGUACCCGAUUUUGAAAUAUUCCGUCUGAGGCAACAUUAACUACUGACCAUUAGUCUAAUAGGUACGAAUGUGUUUGAUUGAAAGUCGAUCGAUUCAUAUCGUAGAACGUUAAAAGAGUCAAUUCCUCGCCGCCGCUGAUCGAUCGAAAAGUCGAUAAACGACGUUUCGUUCGCGGGGACGUGCACAUGUGUAAUCAGAACUAUUUGUCCUGUACGAUCAGUAAUCGAGCGGAUCGUUGUUCAAUCAAUUUUUUAUAAGUGAUUAUGCAUUUUUUACAAAUUUUGAGGAAAACCCGAGUCGAGAAUCUGUUUUAUGAAUAUAAUCGACGUACGACGACGUAGACAGCUCGUGAUCAAUUACUUUUGCUAUCAGAUUUUAACACCAGAUUUAUGCAGACGUUUGACAACAAUGCAUACAACGGACUGGACAAGCUCUUUGUUUUCUCUCUAUUCGCGGUAUGCCGUCGUCGGUAAUGGUCUUAUUCAGUGCUUGAUCAGCAGUCGUUAAUCUUUGCUGUAUCAGCAAAAUAAUGUAAAAUAAGUUUUCGUUAAUUUAAUUCGAAAAUUGUUCCUUGGUACGAAUAACAAUCGAACGCUGAGUGACACCUUUUUGUUCACACACGUCGGAGGGCCCGCAUAUCGAUCGAUUUUCAUCGUCCAUUAGUAUUUCUUUUUGAAACAAAAAUCAAAUAAAACCAUGGAAACGAUGGUGAAGCACGAGUGCGAGUAUGGAUGUAUGUAUGUAUGUAUGUAUGUGUGUAUGUAGCGAUGCAUGCAUGCAUGUAUGCACGAACGAACGAACGUACUUUAGCCAGUGUACGAAAGACGUAAGAGUAAAGAGUAGCGCCGUCUGUUUUUUCUUCGGCGUUUUCGGAGAACGUUGUUUUCUUCGAGUCGAAUAGAAUUAUUGCUAAUCACGUUAUUAAGUGUAACCAUGGUUAAACAUUACGAUGGAAAGUUGUUGGCUGAAUUGCGAGUUUUUAUUAUAAUAUCCUUCCGAACAAAUCCGCUACUACGCUAAUACCUGAAACGUCGUUCGACAUCCCGCGGAUCGCAUCGCAACACGGUCGAUCUGGUCAUAGUACCUGCCGCUCGGCGGUACACAUACUCGGUAUGUACCAGGUAGACACGUACCGUACCGCGAUUUCGUACCGAGAAAGGAAGCGUAUGAAAAACGACGAUCUCCAAUUUGAAUGACAAUUAAACGCGGCGCGCAGCGGGUAUCACCGUUCUCCUUUACUCUGAUGAGAAAACAACGUGUAACGUCCGCAACAGAGUUCAUUGCGGUGGUACAUACCCAUAUACGUGUGUGUGUGUGUGUGCGCGCGCGCGCACACACACACACACAUAUAACAUAGAAAUACGAAGAUAAAAGUGAACAGCGACGGAAGAAUUAAUCAUUUUCAGAAUGCAAAUUGUAAUACGCGUAUCGCUUAUUGACCUUUUCAUUAUCCGCAUCUGCAUCGCACGAUUAAUUUAUAAAUAAAUUAUAUUAAAUAAGACACUUCAA